CCUUUCUCUGCAGAGGCAAAAAGCAUCCACCCACUUAGAGAAAUCUCUUAUCCAAACACUACAUAUAGACUGUCCCCUGACCGUAGACUGCCCCCCACCCACUCCUCAUCCAUCCACCCACCCACAUUUCUCCUCUCCUUGGUACCUACCAGCAUGGCUGAGACUACUAAGACCCAUGUUAUACUGCUGGCCUGCGGCAGCUUCAAUCCUAUCACAAAAGGACAUAUUCAGAUGUUUGAGAGAGCUCGGGACUAUCUGCACAAGACUGGAAAGUUCAUUGUGAUUGGGGGAAUCAUUUCCCCUGUUCAUGACUCAUAUGGGAAGCAGGGUCUGGUUUCAAGUCGACACCGUCUUAACAUGUGUCAGCUGGCUGUGCAAAAUUCAGACUGGAUAAGGGUGGACCCCUGGGAGUGCUAUCAGGAUACAUGGCAGACAACAUGUAGCGUCUUGGAACACCACCGAGACCUGAUGAAGAGAGUCACUGGAUGCAUUCUCUCUAAUGUGAACACACCCUCUGUCACACCUGUGAUUGGCCAGUCCCUUAACCAAUCAACACAACCUGUCUACCAGAACAGCAACCUCAGCAACAAGCCUACUGCUGUGAGAAUCCUGGGAAAAGUUGGAGAGGGACUAAGCCGUAUGUGUUGUGUCCGUCCAAACUUACAGCGUGUCACCUUUGUGGAUGAGAAUGCCAACUUGGGAACAGUGAUGCGAUAUGAGGAAAUAGAGCUGCGAAUCUUGCUCCUGUGCGGCAGUGACCUGCUUGAAUCAUUUUGUAUCCCUGGCCUGUGGAAUGAAUCAGAUAUGGAAGUAAUUGUGGGAGAUUUUGGAAUUGUGGUUGUGCCACGUGAUAGCGUAGAACCAGAGCAAAUCAUCAAUCACUCAUCAUUGCUCCGUAAAUACAAGAACAACAUUCUAACAGUGAAAGAUGACAGUAACCAUCCAAUGGCUGUAGUUAGCUCCACCAAAAGCAGGUUGGCCCUGCAGCAUGGUGAUGGACAUGUGGUGGACUACCUUGCGCAGCCAGUCAUUGAUUAUGUCCUGAAAAGCCAGCUUUAUAUUAAUACAUCGGGCUGACAGACGCCUCUCACAAAUCUGAUGGAUGUGGCUCUGUGCUCCCCUUGUCAACACAAUACCACGUAUUUCCUGCUCACUGUAAUGUUCUCAAUGAUCAUUAUACAUCUCUUCAGCACUAGGUCCUCAUUCUUUGUUGCCUUCACCUGUCUGAAUCAUGUAUCUCACUUCAGCUCUAUGACUCCUAUGCUGUAUCUACUCAGUCGAGAGCUGUAUCUGCAUUCUACAUAAAAUAGGAGUCAGUGUCUGGUGGAUUUUACAUUAGACAAGUACAUACUUUCUGUAGUGAAAGGGCAGGGUAAUAAUUCACCCAUUUAGUGUUUUGCAUGCCAUGCCAUACUGAACGGGUAUAUUUUCCUCCCCAUCACUAUUAAUCAGUUUUUUUUAAGUGGGGGUUAUGUAUAGGGUGUUUGUUACAUUCUUACGACAAUGCUCUUUUGCCUUUAUGCUGGGUUCUGAGGGGCCAUAACUUAUCAUCUACUUUCUCUGGCUCACUUUUCAAUGCAUAUUACCUAUGGGUAAUAGGAACAGCAAACCAUUCCUGUCACGCCACCAUACUGCACUCAGUUAGCAUGUUCUUGCGGUGCUUAUAUCUCUUUAUGUUGUGGUGCAUAAUAUUUAUUAAUGUGCUGACUGGGCGGGAAGGGCAUGCAUCUGUUCAGUGAUGUGUGGGACUGGUAGGAGAACCUUAAAAGCAACACAAACACAGCGGAGCUAUAAGAUUCUCUGGCACAAGAAAAAGUUUAUGGUUAGGGUGCAGUUUCAUGUCUUAAUAACUAUAUGCACAUUGAAGCAGACAGAAGCAGAUGCUACAAUUUACCCUUUGCAAUCCAUUAAGGACCAAGAUUUUAAUAUGCUUUAGAAAUCUGUUUAAACGUAAGAAUAAUGUGAAAGUAGGUGUAACAAGAAAAGCAAACUAUAACUUGUAUAAUAUACACACUAUUCACUAAGGGCUAGUGCUUAUACCACGUCCAGGAUAAGGAGUCUCCAAAGAUUGCAUAGGGAUCACGAUCUCAGUUUACUGCUUCCUGUAAAACUGUUUUAACAUUUUGCAAAGUAAUGCUGAAAUGAAAGUUGAUAAAAAUUGAACACUGUUCAACUUACUGUACUUACUGUUCCCUGAAUUCCUUUGCACCAGAUUUUUAUACCAAGACUAAACACCUAUACAUAGAAUGUAGCAUUUUAAAGAAUUUGUUGCAGUACAGUCUGCAGUUUAUUUAGUAGACACAGUACUUUUUUCUAGUCUAAGCAUUUAUCCCCAAAAGACCUGUGAAAGAAGUAGCCACCAGAGGUGUCUUUUUGCAUAUAUAGCAUAGGAGGUUUGAUUGGUGGUGACAUUCAUGCAUGUAGUGGAUGAAUUUCUUCCAGAAGGAAUAGAGGUGAUUGAACAAUGUUUCUCAAAUGCCCUACAAAUUUACAUUAACACCCUUUCUUUAGUCCUGAUUCCCCUGGUUCCUGGAAUAAAUCAGACUGUACUACAAAGGGCAUUGUGCUUUUUGAAAUUAUAUGCACAACUAUAGGAAUCAGUACAGUCACUCAUUUGAUAAUGAUAUUGAUACUUAAAUAGGAUGAAGUAAUAAUGAUCUGUAACAGCAGAUUCUGUACCAUAGUAUCCAUAGUUAGUGGCCUGGUGGCUAGUUCACUGUGAUAGACCUGUUUUUAGGUAUUGAUAAUUUGGCCCACUAUGAGUCCCUGAGGUAUAGCAAUUAUUUCAUAAUAAUGCCGCUAACAAGCUGAGAGAGUUUGUAGAGAAUAGGAGUUGUCUGAUACCACAUACAAAAUGCUCUUCAGCUGUAUUGCCCUGCAAGACAACCAAGUGCAUCCCAUCAUGUGCUGUUCUUACAGCCAAAAAAAGGAAUGAUGUGUGUAUUAUCUGAGCAAUGGAUCGUUAAGACAUAGUGUAAUGGGACAUGUAUAAAGAUAUGCUUAAUCUUGGGGGGGAGGGGGUAGAGAUAUUGUAGCAGCUCUUUGACUUGUGUAAUAUGUUUUGUUCAUUUUAAUGUUGCUGUUUUAUCAAUAAAAAAUCGCUUUGCUAGAAAUGUAAGUGUUGAAGCAUGAUAUCACCAGAUGGUGGAGCAGUAUUUGGGUUAUAUUUUAUUAAUAAAUAAAUAGAAAUACAAUACA